CCAACGAAAGUCAAAGAUCAGACAAGCCAAAGAUCAUCUGCCAUUCACCCAUUAAAUGGGGAGGGCGAGAGGCGGAUUGGCGGGAGAGACGGGACUUGAGAAAGAGAGCCAGAGACCGAGAGAAAGAAGAGAGGCCGAGAGGGAGAAAAAAAAAGGCCAGCUCGGUCGGGCCGGUAUCUUUUAUUGCCGGGCCUUUACAUUUGGGCUUUGGCGGGGUAAAGACAUCUGGGCCAAGUUGUUAGCUGAACAGCCCCGUCGGACGGCGCGUCUUCAACCUCGCCGCGAACGCCAGCUACCGGUUCGCGCCACAACGCCCCCGGCAUGGCGCUCCUCCUCCUCUUCCUCUCCGUCCUACUCUGCUUCGACGCCGCCGUGGCUGGGUCAUCUCGUUCUCCGGCCACCGAGCUCUUCGUCCUCGGCGACUCCACCGUCAGCUGCGCAGCCAGCAUUCUCCCCCUCAACCUCACCGCACCCUCCCUCCCCGCCGGCCCGUGCCUCUUCCCCUCCGCGCGCCGCCUCCUCCCCGACCACCUCGCCGCCAAGAUGGGGCUCCCAGCGCCGCCCCACAUCUCCACCCUCAACGGCACCGCGGCCGCCGCGGCGAGGGGCGUCAACUUCGGCGGCCAGUACGGCGACCGCGGGAUGUUCCGCAUGGGCGCCGUCGGGCAGCAGCUCCGCCUGGCCGCCGAGACGCUGCAGCUGCUGCAGCUCGAGGCGGGCACUCCGCAGGACGCCUCCGCCGCCGCGGCGGGCGCGGUGUUCGUCCUGUCCUUCGGCACCGACGCCUACGCGCGGCUGCUCGCGCGCGGGUCCGCCGAGGCCGACGCCGCCGCGCCCAAGCACGGCCGCCGCGGGCUCGGGCGCCUCCUCGCCGACCGCAUCGCCCGCGCCGUCUCAGAGCUGUACGAGGCGGACGUGAGGAGGGUGGCGGUGAUGGGGGUGGCGCCGCUGGGGUGCGCGCCGCGCGUCAUGUGGGAGGGGACGCGCGCUCUGGACGGCGGCCGCGGCGGCUGCGUGGAGGAGGCGAACGAGCUGAUCCAGGGGUACAACGCCAGGCUCGCGGAGAGGCUGGACGACCUGCGGCCGGAGCUGCCUGGCGCCGCCGUCGUGUUCUGCGACGUGUACAGGGGGAUGAUGGAGAUCCUCUCCAAUCCCGGCAGAUACGGGUUGGAGGAGACGAGGGAGGCGUGCUGCGGACUGGGCCCGUUCAAGGCGACGGUGGGGUGCCUGAGCAAGGAGAUGGCGUGCGGCGCGGCGGCGGCGGCGCGGCACGUGUGGUGGGAUCUCUACAGCCCCACCGAGGCCGUAGACGCUCUCGUCGCCAACUGGUCGUGGGGGCGGUCGCCGGCGGAUUCGGCCUCCGGCUCCGGUGCGACGAUGAGCAGCAUCUGCAGCCCCAUCUCUUUGCAGCAGCUGGCAGCUGCUGAGGCGCCGCCGGCGGACUCCAGUAGUACGGAUAUAUCAACACGUAGUUAAGAGCAUCACUAACAAUCUUACUAUCACUGAUUGCAGGCUCCUUUGAAACCUCCAUGUGAAGCCACCUAGAA